CUCCGCACCCGGGCCGGGCCGCGCGGCCCCGGAACGGUUUCCUCCGGGGGCGUUAAGCGGCGGACCGGAAGUGGGGCCGGAAGUACCCGGCGGACCGCAGCAAGUGAGCACCGCGGCCCGCCAAGUCCGAAUUUGCAGACGGCGCGGGACGCGGGAGCUUCGCCCGGAGCCGGGAUUUCUGUAGAGAGCACAUGAUGACCCAGUUCCACAUGCUGGCAUUACUUACCUGAGGAGGCUGAGACGCCAGGAUACUCAGAGGGGACCCAGACAGCCUUCAUCUCAGCCCCCCUUUGUGCUAUCCUGAGACCAGGCUGAUAUGCCCAAGAUAGUUCUGAAUGGUGUGACAGUGGACUUCCCUUUCGAGCCCUACCAGUGUCAACAGGAGUACAUGACCAAGGUCCUGGAAUGUCUCCAGAAGAAGGUGAACGGCAUUCUGGAGAGUCCUACGGGCACUGGGAAGACGCUCUGCCUCCUCUGCACUACACUGGCCUGGCGUGAACACCUCCGCGACGCCAUUUCUGCCCGCAAGAUUGCUGAGAGGGUGCAAGGGGACCUUCUUCUCCAUCAGCAGUUGUCAUCCUGGGGGAACUCCACUGCUGCUGAUGGAGACACCAUAGAUUGCUAUGCAGACAUUCCAAAGAUCAUCUAUGCUUCCAGGACCCAUUCACAGCUCACUCAAGUCAUCAGUGAGCUUCGGAGCACCUCCUACCGGCCUAGGGUAUGUGUGCUGGGCUCUCGGGAACAGCUGUGCAUCCACCCUGAGGUGAAGAAGCAAGAGAGUAACCACCUGCAGAUCCAUUUGUGUCGCAAGAAGGUGACUAGUCGCUCCUGUCAUUUCUACAACAAUGUAGAAGAGAAAAGCCUGGAACAGGAGCUGGCCGCUUCCAUCCUGGACAUUGAGGACCUUGUCCGAGGCGGGAGCAAGCACAAAGUAUGCCCUUAUUACCUUUCUCGGAACCUGAAGCAGCAAGCUGACGUCAUCUUCAUGCCGUACAACUACUUACUGGAUGCCAAGAGCCGCAAGGCACACAACAUUGACCUGAAGGGGACAGUUGUGAUCUUCGAUGAAGCCCACAACGUGGAGAAGAUGUGUGAAGAGUCGGCGUCUUUUGACUUGACCCCCCGAGAUGUGGCUUCGGGACUAGAGGCUCUCGACCAGGUUUUGGAGGAGCAGACCAGGGUGGCACAGCAGGGUGAGCUCCACCUGGAGUUCAGCAUGGACACUCCCAGCUCAGGCAUCAAUAUGAAUCUAGAAGACAUCGCCAAGCUGAAGAUGAUUCUGCUUCGCCUGGAGGGGGCGAUUGAUGCCAUCCAGCUGCCUGGUGAUGACCGUGGAGUCACCAAGCCUGGGAGUUACAUCUUUGAGCUGUUUGCUGAAGCCCAGAUAACGUUUCAGACCAAGGGCUGCAUCCUGGAUUCCCUGGACCAGAUCAUCCAGCACCUGGCAGGACGUACUGGUGUGUUCACCAACACAGCUGGCCUGCAGAAACUGGUGGACAUCAUCCAGAUUGUGUUCAGUGUGGACCCAUCCGAGGGCAGCCCUGGUCAUGUGACUGGGCUGGGAGUCUCACGGUCCUAUAAGGUGCAUAUACACCCUGACACCGGCCACCGAAGGGCAGCACAGCGGUCAGACUCCUGGAGCACCGCCGCAUCCCGAAAGCCGGGGAAGGUGCUGAGCUACUGGUGCUUCAGCCCCGGCCACAGCAUGCGGGAGCUGGUCCACCAGGGCGUGCGCACCAUCAUCCUCACCAGUGGCACGCUGGCCCCACUGUCUUCCUUUGCCUUGGAGAUGCAGAUCCCCUUUCCAGUCUGCCUAGAGAACCCACACGUCAUCGACAGGCACCAGUUCUGGGUGGGGGUCAUUCCCAGAGGCCCGGAUGGAGCCCAGCUCAGCUCUGCAUUUGAUAAACGGUUUUCUGAGGAGUGCCUGUCCUCUCUGGGAAAGGCCCUGGGCAACAUUGCUCGUGUGGUGCCCCAUGGACUCCUGGUCUUCUUCCCUUCGUACCCGGUGAUGGAGAAGAGCCUGGAGUUCUGGAGGGCCCGGGACCUGGCCAGGAAGGUGGAGGCUCUGAAGCCUCUCUUUGUGGAGCCUAGGAGCAAAGGCAGCUUCCCAGAGGUCAUCAGUGCCUACUACCAGCGAGUGGCCUCCCCCGGGUCGAGCGGGGCCACCUUCCUCGCAGUGUGCCGGGGCAAGGCAAGCGAAGGGCUGGACUUCGCAGACAUGAAUGGUCGAGGUGUGAUUGUCACGGGCCUCCCGUAUCCCCCGAGAAUGGAUCCCCGGGUGGUCCUCAAGAUGCAGUUCCUGGACGAGAUGAGGAGCCAGGGUGUGGCUGGAGGGCAGUUCCUCUCUGGGCAGGAGUGGUACCGGCAGCAGGCAUCCAGGGCCGUGAACCAGGCCAUUGGGCGCGUCAUCCGGCACCGCCAGGACUAUGGAGCUGUCUUCUUGUGUGACCACAGGUUUGCCCAGGCCGAUGCCCGAGCCCAGCUACCCUCCUGGGUGCGCCCCUACGUCAGAGUGUAUGACAGCUUCGGCCAUGUCAUCCGAGACGUGGCCCAGUUCUUCCGUGUAGCUCAGAAAACUAUGCCCACGCCUGUCCCCCAGGUGGUGGCCCCAAGUGUGGGCGGAGAUGGUGUUCUGAGGAUGGCCCUGCCCGGUGCCCCCCUGCCCGCCAGGAAAGCCACGAGCCUGGAUGUGCACGUCCCCAGCCUGAAGCGGAGGGGUACAGGACCACCAGCCACUGGGGACUCCGAGAGCUGCCUGUGUGUGGAGUAUGACCAAGAGCCAGCAUCGGUCCAGAGGCGGCCCCUGGGGCUGCUGGCUGCCCUGGAGAGCAGCGAGCAGAGGGCUGAGAUGCCUGGGGGGGAGGAGGAGGCACUUGGGCACUCCAUGCAAGCGGGAAGGUGUGAGAAGAGGUUGGCUGAUGAGCAGAGAGGAGGAAGGAAGAAGGUCAGAUUGGUUAGCCGCCUGGAGGAUCCCGCAGCUGGUACCCAGGUGGGCAGAGCCAAGCUGUUCAUGGUGACUGUGAAGCAGGCACUGAGCCAAGCCAACUUUGACACCUUUACCCAGGCCCUGCAGAAGUACAAGGGCUCUGAUGACCUCGAAGGCCUGAUGGCUUGCCUUGCUCUCCUCUUCGCUGAAGACCCCAAGAAACACAGCCUGCUCCAAGGUUUCUACCAGUUCGUACGACCCCACCACAAACAGCAGUUUGAGGACAUGUGCUUCCAGCUCACGGGCCAAGGCUGCAAUUACUGGCCGGAGCCCCGCCUUCCCCAAGGGCAGCCCGCACAGCCAGCCCUGGACUCCAUUGGCCCUCCAGAGUCUGUUUCUUUGGGAAAGAGAGAAGUUGAGUCUAAACUGACAAUGUCCAAGGAUGUACAACUGGACCCUGGAGAGCAUCUGAACCAAGGCAGGCCCCACCUGUCCACUGGACUGCUUGCUACAGGAAACCCUGGCCGAGAUCGCCAAGUAGAGUCUGGAGUGAAGCCAGGCCAGCUUGCUGUGAGCACCUACCUCGCGGAUGUACGCAAGGCCCUGGGAUCUGAAGGCCACGGCCAGCUCCUGGCAGCGCUGAGGGCGUACAAACAGGACGAUGACCUUGACACGGUGCUGGCUGUGCUGGCUUCGCUAACCACCACAAGGCCUGAGGACUUCCCCUUGCUCCGGAGGUUCGGCAUGUUUGUGCGUCCCCACCACAAGCUGAAGUUCCUGAAGACCUGCUCAGACCUGAUGGGUCCUCCCGCUGCUGCCGGUGCCAGUGCCGCUGCCACCGCCACCACCGGCACCACCACCGGCACAGAUACUGGCACGGGCACAGCGGGGCCUCCUCCCACCAGCACGGGCACAGAUACCGGCACGGGCACAGCGGGGCCUCCUCCGGGGCCUCCUCCCACCACCACCGGCAAAGGCGCCUUGCUGUGGGAGAAACCUGGGAAGACUCAGAGCAAGAUUUCAUCCUUCCUUAGACAAAGGCCAGCUGGGAACGUGGAGGCCAAGGGCACCGCCACCGAGCUGCCCCACGGGCGCCGGAAGCCCGGGCCCGGGCGGGCUCCCUUCCUGUGCCCGGGCUGUGGGGCAGACGAUGCAGUGCCCUUCCAGUGCCCUUCCUGCGACUUCCACCGAUGCUCGGCCUGCUGGCGCCGGCACAUCCAGGCUUCUAGGACAUGUCCUGCUUGCCAGGCCGCCACCAGGAAGCAGAGCAUCGCACAGGUCUUCUGGUUGGAGCCCAGUGAGGGCUAGGAAGACCGUAA